AUGCCCAUGAUGCAGCCGAGCAGCAGUAGCAGCAUCAGCAUCAGCAGCGGUGGCGGCGGCGCGCCACGAGAGCCGCAGCUGGAAAAGAGGAAGAAGAAGCGGAGACGGCGAGGGCCCCGCCCGCAGGUGUGCGCCAACUGCCGGAGGCUCAAGCUAAAGUGCGACCGCGCACGGCCAUGCCGACACUGCGAGCGGCGCGAGAUCCAGUGCAUCUACCGCCUCGAGGCAGAGGAAGCUGCCGAGGAGGAAGACGAGGGUGAGGAUGAGGAGGGAGUAGCGGGCGAAGACGACGCGCCAGAUGCUCAGUCGCAGCAGGCUGCGUCGGGCCUCGUGGCCGCCCAUGCAGGAGAGCAACGUCACCCUCUGGGAGGCUCUGCAAGCAAUGGAUCGCCGAGCCAGAGAUCGGCAUCGGACAGCAGCAGCAGCAGCACCAGUACUAGCUCACAUUUACUCAAGAGGCCGACGGCACAGUACAGCCGCGACACCUGGUUCGACCAUCUACUUGACUUUUUUGGGCCCAGCCGGAGCGCAAGCCAUCGCACAGUGGCCUACCUCGUCGACCAGUCAAUGUCAUGGGCGUCGAGCAACCACUGGUUCGAGAUGAUCUACCUGCCUGGCUUGAAGCGCGACAUCCAGCUCGAGCGCAACCGCUCGCGUGUCAACCCUGCCCUGGCCUUUGCACUGACGGCCGUGGCCCUGCGGGAGCGGACUGCGUGGCAGCAGGGCAGGCGGCCCUACGGUAUCGGCCCGGGCCAUACCUUGAUCGCCGACGAGAUGCUGCCUGCCGCUCAGAGCCCGUACGACGUGUCGGAGCGCAUCAAAGUGGCCGCUCAGGCCUACCUCGAGCAGUCGAUUGUGUGCAUGCAGGGCGCAGCCGAGGCUGGUGGGGCUAUCUCCAUCGUCCAGUCAGCUCAGGCGGCGCUACUGCUCAUGCUCCUCGAGACCGAGGUGUCGCCCGGCUGCAUGUACUACCUCGGCCUUGCCUCGUCGCUCGUCCUCCGGUCGCCUCACGCCCAGGCCACCCUGGAUCACGAGGCGGCAACGACGACGGGCAACCGGUUCCAGGACAGCCCGAUGCAGCGGCCCAUGUGCGACGGCACCGUUGCCAGGAGCUCGACGCAGGUUGAGGAGGUGGCUAGGCUCCGUCUGCUGCCCGUCUGGUGGGGCUCGAGGAUCGGCAUGGCCUACUUCAACGUCGAGAUUGCCAACUCCAUCUACCGGCCCACCGACAUGGACAGCGCCUACGUGUUUGGGCCCUGGCCCGAGGAGCAUUCCUCUGUGACGGAAAAGGGCGAAAACGACUUUGCCGACUCUGUGCGCGCCCGCAUCCUUGGGCUCAAUGUCAUGGCGACGAACCUGCAAUCGCGAUUCUUGCCCUACGAACUUGACUACAGCCAGCCGACGGAGGCGCUGGCCAAGGUGCUGAAGUGUGUCGACGAUGAUGAGUUCAUCUUCAGCAUGCUCCUCGAGGCCCUCGACUGGGAGGCCCAGACGUUCUUUACCUUUAUGGUCCUCCGCUUCUGCACCAGCAUCUGCCAUCUCCACGGCAUGCUCAUCCGCCGCCUGGGCUUUGCCCACUCGGACGCACUCCGGCCGCGGAUCUGCGCACGAUUGCGAGGCGAGCAGCCGGCCAGCGACGACGGGCAGCUGGGGGGCAGCAACAUCACCUUCCAGUCGCCUAUCCUGAGCACCUGGCCCGACGUGCUGCGGCGCUACAUGAAGGAGAUGGACGAGGACUACGCCCAGGCGGUGGCCAGGCACCAGCAUAGUCCCGAGCACUUUUACGGGAGCGCAUCACCACCUUCAUUGCCCCAGCAGGCCACGCCGCAUUCCUCAUCACUCCGUCUGACCAAGUUUCAGCUCGAUGUGCUCAAGCUCUAUGUCGCUGCGACCAUCCAUCUGCGCAACGGCGUCAUGGAAGCGCUCAAGCUCGCCGGCCGCAGCGAGAACGACAUUGAGGACGAGGUGCUCGUCGUCCGGCUCAAGGACGCCAUGGACGAUCUCAGCAGGCGCAUCAGACGGCACCAGGAUGCCUUCAACGAGGGCGUGUGA